CUCCCUGUUCUACGUGUUGAACCUUUUGGUACCCAGUGCUCUGGUGAUGCUGGUGGACCUGGCCGGCUUCUGCAUCCCGGUGGACAGCGCCGAGCGGCUGCCCUUCAAGGUGACCCUGCUGCUGGGCUACACCGUCUACCUGCUGCUGGCCACAGACCUGCUGCCCCCCUUCAGAGACAGCACUCCCAUGCUGGGGGUGUAUCUGGUGGUUUGUCUGGUGUUCCUGUCCUUAAGCUUAAGCGAGAGUGUGUUGCUGCUGGCUCUUAGUCAGCCACAAACACACACAGAUGCCCAGCCCAGCCAACUGCACAGACUGGCCCAGAGGCUGAACUUCCUCAUGCCACCACCAGAGGGCAGGACGCGUGAGCAACACGUGUCGUGUGACAGCGGCGUCAGGAGAGGUUUGCAGCGCUCUUACGACGAGGGAGCCUGUGGCCAGGGCUGUGUGAUGCGUGCUCUGGGGGAGGAGCUCAGGGAGGUGGGCGAGGAGCUGCGAUCUCUGAACUUGUGGAGGGGCAAGCGCAGUGAUGCGCUCCACCUGAUGGAGGCGCUAGACUCCCUCUGCUUCCGACUGUACGCCUCAGCGCUGGCCGUGUUCGCCCUCAGCCUGAGCCUGCUGUGGACCAUGAACCGCUGAAGGGCUGGGGGCGUGAGUGGAUGGAUGGAUGA